AUGUCAACUAUGCGAGUAGCCGUUGCGGGGACUUGUGGAUUGGCCCUCGCCAUUGCCCAAGCGAUUCAUGAGCAUACGAGUCACCAACUGCUUAUACUUUCAAGACAUCCGCAGCCAGGCCUUUCUGCACAGGGAUACCAAUGCCAAGUUGUCGACUACAAUGACUCAGGAUCCCUCCAGUACUCGUUAAGUGGAGUUGAUACAGUUAUAUCUACUGUAUCUGGGACCGCCCAGCUUCGUCUCAUCGAAGCCGCGGUUGCUUGCCGUGUGCCACGGUUCGCCCCAGCAGAGUUCCAGGGUCUACCACAUCUGCGGGAAGAAAACGAUCCGUUGGAUCGCGGCAAUGCUCUUGCACUUGCUCAUCUUCAGCACUAUCGAGGAUAUAUACAAUCUACCGUUUUCGUUUGUGGUAUUCUGUACGAACGCUUCUGCGUCAAUGGCAUGUUCUCCCGCGGCUUUGGCGCCAGUACUGGGUACGGCAACGAGGGAGACUAUAUCUUAGAUCCAAGAGCGAUGACUGCAGAAGCACCCGUGUACAACGAUGCCAACGAACUGGUCUAUCUGUGCUUGACUUCAGCACACGAUGUAGGACAAUUCGUUACAAGAGCAUUGGACAUGGCCGAGUGGCCUGCUGAACUUACGAUGUGCGGGGAGAGGAUGAGCGUCAACGACCUCAUCGAAGCUGUCAGAGUUUGCAGAGGACAGGAGUUCAGCGACAUCUCGUGGCAGAACACCGCAGGUCUUCAGUACCAACUCACCAUGGCGCAGUUGCAAAGCGACAUCCCCAGGCAGCGACGUCUCCCGCCGGUCAUUGCAACAGCAGAGGGUCGAUUCGACUUCGCAACCCCGGCGCUUCUCAAUACCUAUUUUCCUGACAUCCAAACCGUUGGCUUCCGUGAUUGGUUCAGCCGAGAAUGGGGCUCUAUAUCUUGA